CACCACGCAGGGUGAGUCCUCAGUCGCCACUCGGUCACCCCGCCGAUACGGGUGGGUUCCGCGCCGAGGAGCCGAUCUGUCUCUAUUUCCCUGUCGCGAAAUCGCGUGAUCGUCGCGCGCGCGGGCUUCGAAGAGGGUGCAGGAAAAAAAAGACACUGUCCGCGACACCGUUCUGUGCGUCUUCUCCUUUCGGGAUAUUGGGGUACCAUAAAUAAGGAAAAGGAUCUCUCUGUGCGGAAUCCGCGAGUGCCGCAACCGGUCAGCGCGCGCGUGCACCAGGCAACGACUCGAUCGAUCGACUCGUGCUCGGGAUACAAUAGGAUCCAGAUAGAGAGAGAGACGAUGGACGGAACCACCAUCCUCCUGCUGCGGGACGACAGAUAAAAAGGGGGAUAUAACGAAGCGGGACUUCGCUUAUUUCGCACCGAACACCAGUUCCAGUCCAGCCAAUCCUCCGGUGAUCGAUCACCCCGAGAAAAGAAUCCCUGGGAACAAGUAACCGAUCUUGUCGGAGAACAGCGGUCGAACUCGUCGUAGGACGAGAACUCGCGCUCGUGUCGAGUCGAAAGUCUCUCUCUUCUGAGGUGCCUCUCAUCCGCGAGACAGCGCGCUCCCUCGAGAUGGUCAUGUGACUGUCGGCAGUCGACGUCCCACAUCCGGUCCAUCCUUCCCGAGGGAUGUCCUCCUCCGCGGGUACCGCCUGCACGGACGCCGAGGAGGACGCCGAGGAUGUGGAGAACGACGUCGCGGGUAAAUCGGCGCAAUCGUCACGUUGUUACCUGUCGUCGCUGUCAUCACCGUCACCGUCGUCGUCAUCGCGAACUCGCCACCGUCGCCGCGCGGGCGAUCACUUGGAAGGAUUGCGGUUAGAUGGGUCAUCGCUCGUGCACCAUCGUCCGCCAUCGUCCGACGACACUUCCGGAGCACCGUCGAGGACACGCGAGGCCGCGGAUAAGACGACGAAGAAGAAGAAAAAGAAGAAGAAGAAGAAGAGGAGGAAGGACAACCGGCAGGCAUCGGACGUCGGAGGGCUCGAGAAACGAUUCCCGAUAAUCGGUCGACGCGUGUCAAUUUGCGCGAGGAAACAGUUGAUCGAAUCCCGCUUCUUUUCCUCCUCAUCGUCGUCAUCAUCGUCGAGGGGAUUCCCGUUGAUUCUUGUAGCUGUCCCGUUUCGAGCCGCCGCGAUGACGUUCGGUAGGGGACGUCAUUCAGAUGACGAAAGAAGAGUCGUUGGAUCCCAUCCCCCGUCAUCGUUCAUCUUCGAAGAGAAUUGUCGACUGUCUGGGAAGGAACUCUUGUUCGAUUUAAGGGGAAGCGAAGGCGGCGAUAAACGGCACCGAGAAAUAUACAUGACAGGAGGUAAGAUGAAUCUUCUUCCUUCGUUCUCUCGAAAGUUUUGGCUGAUUUAGAAAUCACGACGAAACGAAAUAUAAAGAAGAAUAAAUCAAUCAAUAAAUAAGUACAUACAAAAAUCGGAAACUCAUCCCAAGUGCCGCAAGCAACAAGGAGAGUACUUCGCUUGAGUUUUGUCUGAAGUGGGAAAUUACUGAGCGCUUUUUGCUGUCGCUCGUCCAGAGAGAGAGAGAGAGAGAGAAAGAGUGCCGCAAAAAUUGUAAAUUUUCCUGAAAAACUGUGCGAGCACUCGUUCUGCGAAGAGGACCAGCUGUUGUUGUCACACGGUUACGCAAGAAUCAGCCGAAAACUUGUUUCCCCGUAUUUAUCUCUCGAACUAGUGCCGUCGCCGGACCACUUUCGCGCUCGCAUGUACUACUACCGGUCUAAAUGAAUCGCGAUGACGAAUUCGAGUGCGUGAAGUGUCUUUCCGUCGCUUUUGUUACGCGAGAGAGAGAUACUCAUCCGAGGUAAGAUUCGAUCAGGAAGGAUUGUUUUCAUCAUGUGUCGCGGGCGGCUUGAGAUCAUUCUAGCCGGUACAGGCUGGCCGAGAUCCUGAUAGCCACCGCAGCGACCAGGAUCCGGGACCAUUCAACGAAGAAAGGAUGCCAGGGGGCCGCAGGGGCCUGGUAGCCCCCCAAAACACGUUCCUGGAGAACAUCAUACGACGCAGUAGCAGUCAACCCGACAGCAGCUUUUUACUGGCAAACGCCCAGAUCGUCGACUUCCCGAUCGUCUAUUGCAACGAGAGCUUCGUCAAGAUCUCCGGCUACAACCGUGCCGAGGUUAUGCAAAAGUCAUGCCGCUGCGGAUUCAUGUACGGGGAGCUGACGGACAAAGAAACGAUCGCCAGGAUCGAGGAGUGUCUCGAGGGCCAGAUUCACGAUCAGUUCGAGAUUCUACUGUACAAGAAGACCAAGACACCAUUAUGGCUGCUGCUGCAAAUAGCGCCCAUAAAAAACGAACGAGACCUCGUGGUCCUGUUCCUGCUGACGUUUCGAGACAUCACCGCCCUGAAGCAGCCGAUCGAAACCGACGACAGCAAAGGCGGCCUCUCCAAGUUUGCCAAACUCGCCAGAUCGGUCACCAGAUCGAGAUCGGUCCUCGUCUCUCAAUUCAGCUCGCAUGUGCCAGCUUUGAAGGACACAGCUGUGCCUACCACCACCAAACAAUCGCAUCUGGGUCAUAUGAUGUCUUUAAGCGGCGAUGUUAUGCCGCAAUACAGACAAGAAGCACCGAAAACACCACCACACAUCCUACUGCAUUACUGUGCAUUUAAAGCGAUCUGGGACUGGAUCAUUUUAUGUCUGACCUUUUACACAGCCAUCAUGGUACCGUACAACGUCGCAUUUAAAAACAAAACCAGCGAGGACGUUUCCCUGUUGGUGGUCGACAGUAUCGUCGACGUAAUAUUCUUUAUCGACAUAGUGCUAAAUUUUCACACAACAUUUGUCGGUGCUGGCGGCGAAGUGGUGUCUGAUCCGAAGGUAAUCAGAAUGAACUAUCUGAAAUCUUGGUUCAUCAUAGAUCUGCUAAGCUGUCUACCAUACGAUGUGUUUAACGCCUUUGACCACGACGAGGACGGGAUAGGUAGCCUGUUCUCGGCCCUGAAGGUGGUACGGUUGCUGCGACUCGGCAGGGUCGUACGAAAACUAGAUCGUUAUCUGGAGUACGGUGCCGCGAUGCUCAUACUUCUGCUCUGUUUCUACAUGUUGGUUGCUCACUGGCUGGCCUGUAUCUGGUACUCGAUAGGGAGAUCGGACGCCGACAACGUGCAGUAUUCGUGGUUGUGGAAGCUGGCCAAUGUUACCCAGUCACCGUACAGCUACUUGUGGACCAAUGCCAGCACCGCGCCCGAACUGGUGGCCGGCCCGUCGCGUCGCACGAUGUACGUCACCGCCCUUUACUUCACGAUGACCUGUAUGACCUCGGUGGGUUUCGGGAACGUCGCGGCCGAGACCGACAACGAGAAGAUCUUCACCAUCUGCAUGAUGAUCAUUGCUGCCUUAUUGUACGCCACGAUCUUCGGUCACGUCACCACCAUCAUCCAGCAAAUGACGUCCGCCACCGCCAAGUAUCACGACAUGUUGAACAACGUGAGGGAAUUCAUGAAGCUGCACGAGGUGCCUAAGGCCUUAAGCGAACGCGUCAUGGAUUAUGUCGUCAGCACGUGGGCGAUGACAAAGGGUCUGGAUACGGACAAGGUUCUCAACUACUGCCCCAAGGACAUGAAGGCCGACAUCUGCGUGCAUCUCAAUCGGAAGGUCUUCAACGAGCAUCCUGCCUUCAGAUUAGCGUCUGACGGGUGUCUGCGCGCUCUGGCGAUGCACUUCACCAUGUCUCACAGCGCGCCCGGGGAUCUGCUAUAUCACACGGGGGAGUCCAUCGAUUCCCUCUGCUUCAUCGUGACCGGCAGCCUCGAGGUCAUCCAGGACGACGAGGUGGUGGCGAUUCUGGGGAAAGGCGACGUCUUCGGCGACAGUUUCUGGACGAAUCCGUCGAUCGGUCAGAGCGCGGCGAACGUCCGGGCUUUGACCUACUGCGAUCUGCACACGAUCAAGCGGGACCGGCUGUUGGAGGUGUUGGACUUUUACCAGGCCUUCGCCAACUCCUUCGCCAGGAAUCUGAUCCUGACUUACAACCUGAGUCACCGGCUGAUCUUUCGGAAGGUCGCCGAUGUUCGUCGAGAAAAGGAAUUGGCCGAGAGGAGGAAGAACGAGCCGCAGUUGGAUCAGGCGCAAGAUCAUCUAGUUCGCAAGAUCUUCUCGAGGUUCAAGAGCGAAGGAGAGGGCCAGAUCGGCGUGACCAGGACCGUGAGCGGACGGUCCCAGCAGGAUUCCGACGAGGAGCUCACCGUCAACGUCCUGCCGCCCUGGCCGAGUUUUAGAUUUCGCCGAGAUAAACAACACACUGCCGAUGUGGAAAGGGGCGACAGCAAGGACGCCAAGGAUGGCGAGACGUCGCACCCCAAGAAGCCAUCCGUUGCCGAGGAAGGUGGGACAACCGUUGUGAAAACGCGGCCGGGCAAAUGGGGCCGUUUGUUAGGCAGCUCGAGUUUAGACACCGGCAGCGAAUCGGGCACGGCCGGUGACACAUUCAAGCGGUCCCUCAGCGCGAGGGACCCGCGUCCAAGUUCCAGCGCGACCAACAAAGUCUUCCCAAAGCUUGGCAAAUUGAGCGGGACGAUCGAGGAGGCCGGCGAUAGCGUUGAAAAUAAGGACGCUCAGCAACAGACACUGCAACAACAACAGCAACAACAACCGCAACAGACUCUCGCCGUGGACUCGAAGCAGCUGCAGCUGCGACGACUGGAGAGCUACGACGGUGGUCUGAUCACGCAUCAGCCGAGCCACGAGCGGGAGAUCCUCGCCGCGGUGCUGGAAGUGAAGGUGGACCUGAAGUUGGAGGUGCAGAGAGUGAACCAACGCCUGGCGAAGAUCGAGGACAUGCUGCAGGCGCUGGUGAACCGGUUACCCACCUCGGGAACCCCGACGUCCGGCAGCGCCUCUUCUCAACAACCUCCGAAGAUCUCCGGGAGCUUUGUCCAGAUUCAGCAACCGCCGGCUACCCCGAGCGCGGUGACGCUGGUCCAGUCCGCGACCCAGACCCAGCCGUCGAUCGCCACCACGUCCACGUCGACGACGCCGAGCGAGGGCUAUCGGGAGCAGUCCACGGCGACGGAGCGCAUAUCCAAGAGCGGCCAGGAGCAUCACCAUCAUCAUCACCAUCACCAUCAGUCGUCGUCGUCGCGGGACGUCAACAAGGAGCUGCUGGAGCGGCUGGCGCAGGCCUCCACGUCGCGCGGCGACGACUCCAACGCCCUGGGGUCGCUGAUCCUGCGAAAGCGACGCAACAAGUCGCGGAAUAAGGGCGCGGCGCCACUCGCGCCCCUCGCCACGCAGCCGAUGAGCCCGACGGAGGUCUCGGAGACGACGCAAAUGCUCGAGUGCACCGACGACCGGGACUCGAGCGCGGCGGGGCCGACUGAGAGGAGCGCCGAGAGGUCCGAGCGUAAGAGGCCGCCGCCCAGGCCGAGGGAGUAUUUGUGAAAGUUCUUCUCGCGUCGCAUCAGCCCUCUUUUUCGUCUUUUUUUCGAGACAGUCCGCCGCGACGCGGUCAUCGAAGGUUCAUCCUCGUUCGAUACGCUUGUUCAUUUAGCAUUUAAUCGUGCGUCACGCGAUUAUCUUAUUCUAAAGCCAAGUGCUACAUCGAACAACAGUUGCUGCAGUUUCGUUACUCUUUCGUUCGCAUGUACAAGUGCGAGAUGACAUGUCAAGAGCGGCGGAUCAUCGUUUCGGCUUGGAAGAUCGUUCGGAAGCUGACGAUCACCCGGCGUGUCUGAUGAUCUCUGCGGGACCGAAAUAUCGUGAAUAAAUUGACUAUGUCUGCCUCUUUUUUUCGCCGAGUAGGCGAGGCAGAGUACAACGUGUCGAUAAUUAUACGUUCAUCAAGGUAACAUCUGCUAAUAUAUAUAUACAUAAUUGCAUAUUUGAUGAGAGAAAAGAGCUCCGUAUUUUCGCGCUAAUCGCUUUUCCGGGCGGAGAGAAAGAGAAUGAAAAUACAAUGGUUUCGUCUCGAGCGAAAUAAAAAAGUGCGUAAUUCUGCAUUCUGCCAAAAGCGGUAAUGUUAUUAAAUGAUAAAUAAAUCAGUGCAGUCUUAAAUACGAAAUUAUUCGCUUACGAUUUUUUCGAGACAUCGAAACUCUCUUGAGAGAGAGUUAUAUAUAAAUAUAUAUUAAAUUCACUAUGUAUCACAUAUACACACACAACACAUUUACACAUACAUACGCACACGUAGAUAGACGUAGAUUCACACGCAUCGCGUAGCAAACUUCGCAGUAGCAUCUCUCUCUCUCUCUCUCUCUUUCUCUCUUUCAUGGCGAUCACGCUAAAUUUCUAAGCUUCUUCGACCACGAUCGGUUCACUAAAUCAGUGUCUCUCGAUGAGGCACGCCGUUUUGUAAUUAUUGGGACGGUGAAUAUGAUGGUGGUGUCCAAUCGGUCAACUAACUCUCAGCAGAUGUCAUCUUGUAGACUUUCCAAGACAUCGAAAAUACUACAGUAACAAUAACUCUGAAGGCUAAUAGAUUUUCAGUUGCUUUCGACACGUAAUUUGGAUGCCACCACCGACUUCAAGGAAUUUAUCUUGGUUGUGAGCUCUGCGAUUUCUUUUAAAUACCAAAUGUUUGCUUUUCUUUCUGUUUACUUUGAGUGCGUUAAAUGAGACUAUUUUGCUGGAAUGGAUAAUUAGAGCUAGCGAAACACAAGUCAAAUCAAAUUAUCGUGUUGUCGUACUCGACAAACCAAUCGAUGGAAUUGCAAAUGUAAUCGUCUCGUUCUCGUUCUAUCCAAGAUAGAACACGAGCGGGAGGUAUUGCAAAUACCUGACUUAGGUCUCUCGUUUGAAAACGAAUCAGUUUGAUUUCCCUUAAAGUUGGAUAAUCUGUUAUAUUUUUUUAGUGCAAGAUUUUGGAGUAUUAUUUUCUACAACGUAUAUUCCCGCGUAUUGAAAUCGUAAAUUGUCAACAAAGAUAUAUUUCUAUUAAUAUUUAUGAUAAUAUUUUAUAUUACUUUGUUACUUAAAUUAUGAUUUGUGUGUCGAUUUAAUAUUUUCGCGUUUAACGUGACGAGCGAAAUUACGAAUAGCUACGAGAAAGGAAUGAUUUGUGAAAAUGCGCUCGUCAAACUGAAACCGAAAACGUUGAAUGAAUAACGAGAAAAACAAUUUCUCAUGCGCAAAUAGUACUGUUACACAGAAAUGGCGCUACGCAAAUUCGUAUGACAUACACAUAUGAAGCCAAACAGCAAUAUUAGAUGUAUAUAUCUUGUAAUAUGACAUGUAUAUAUAUUUGCAUUUAAUUAUGGGCCAUACAAACGUGAUGAAAACGCGCUGCUGCUGCUGUUACUGCAUGCAAACGAGAAUGGCGUCUUUGCUAAUAAUAAUUGAAAGAGCCGACAAUCAUACAAUGUCUUUUUAAGCUUAUAUAUCAAACCUCCGAAUUAUCCGCAAUUUGGAGCUUCGUUGCAAGAAUUAGGAAAAAAGAAACGAUUAUAAUUUCAUAUCGAUAUAAGUGUCACACCAAGUGUCUUACUCUUUACCUUUUAAUUAAUUUUUUUAUUUAAUUUCUAUUUUUCGUUUUGUAUAUACAGUGCGAUAAGAGAGUCAGUAUUAUUCUAUUCUCAAAUGACCAUGCGAAGAGCAAAGGCGCAAAUUCUCAUCACAAAAAAAAAAAA